UAGUCAACAAACAAUAUGGACGAAAGUUUGGCGCCAGUAGAGAAAUCAAGCGAAGAUGUUUUAUCAAUGGUUGACGUCUUAAAAGAGGAAGUUGAAUUAGAGGAAGAGGCUAAUGCGGUACUGGGAGACAGUGAUGAUCAGAACUGCACUUAUCCACUUGGUUAUGUAUCCCGACAGGCUUUGUAUGCUUGUGCAACCUGUGCCCCAGAAAGUCCAGCAGGAGUGUGUUUGGCUUGCAGUCUUGAAUGUCAUGAAGGGCAUGAGCUGUUUGAAUUAUAUUCUAAACGGAAUUUCCGUUGUGAUUGUGGAAACAGCAAAUUUCCAGGAACAAAGUGCAAGUUAUAUUCUGAGAAAGAUGCUACAAAUUCAGAAAAUGCUUACAAUCAGAACUUUAAGGGACUUUACUGUACUUGUCAUCGACCCUACCCCGAUCCAGAAGAUGAGAUUGAAGAUGAGAUGAUUCAGUGUGUGAUUUGUGAGGACUGGUAUCAUGGAAGACAUUUGGGUCUUGAUAGUCUGCCUUCCAGCGAGAGCUAUACUGAGGUGGUGUGUGCAGAUUGCAUGAAGAAACAUGACUUCUUAUGGGCUUACUCUGUACAGAGUCUAGAUACACAGUGUUUGGUGACAGAGGAUACAUCUGCAGAGGCUAAUGUAGAGGAAACUUCUCCAAACAAACAAGAAAACAAAGCAGAUAAUAGCUGUCAUCAGGGAACAAGUGAAAGCACACAAAAUGACAUAUACUGUCUCCUGAAAGAUAUACAGAAGAGAGAUGUAACUUUUAAGGACUGUGGUACAUUUUGGCAGGAUGGCUGGAGGAAAAAGCUCUGUAAAUGUGCAGAUUGUCUGGUAAUGUACAAAGAAAAAGGCCUAGAAUUUCUGACUGAUGAAUCUGACACUGUACAUAACUAUGAACAGCGAGGCAGAGACAAGGCUGUUUCCUCCUCUCAGUAUGAUAAAGGACUCCAGGCUUUAUCCUCCAUGAACAGGGUUCAACAAGUCGAGGUUCUUCACGGCUUUAAUGAUUUGAAGUCAGAGCUAACAGAUUAUUUGAAAAAGUUUGCAGAAAAUGGAAAGGUUGUAAGAGAGGAGGACAUUCGAGAGUUUUUCUCCGGAAUGGAGGCCAGAAAGCGACAAAGGGCUGCAGGACCAAUUCCUUAUAUGUGUAAAUAAAUGAGACUAAAAAGUGAACAAGUUUUAUAAUAAGGUCUCUGUAUUCCAUUAACAGGUUAAGAAAGUUUUAUUUCUUAAAUUUUUUUUAGAAGUUUUCUGGUAAAUAAUUUUUUUUUUUUACACCUUCCUCUCACUUUUCAGAGGGGUUAAAGGUGAAAUGAGGGGUUAUUUACAGUCACUCUAGUAUACACGUACAUUUUGGAUAAGUGAUAAUGUUAGCAUUUUUAAGUACCUCGGUAGGUACAUCCCAAAUAAUUAUAAGCAAUGUUUGACCAUACUGGCAUGGAAAAUGCAUUUGGAAGGAUUUGCCUGCAAUUUUGCAUCAGAUUGCAUUUUACCCGUAUUCUCCUUACCAAUAAUAAAGUAUUUUCUUUGAGCCACAUGGAAUGUUUAAAUAAGUAUACAUCUACCAACUGUCUGAGUGGUCAAAAAGGAAUGGUGUAUAGCAUGUACAUGUAUAUGUGAUCCAAAGAUAAAUAACUGAAAGUAUGUAAACAAUCAAUUACACAACCCACAGAUUUGUGGAGAUUCAGAGAGAUUCAUAUUAAGGCAUAACCUUACUGAUUUCUUACUUUGAUAACAUGCUUUGAGUAAAACAAGAUGUGAGAGAUGAUGACUGUAUUUUUAUACUAUUUGAGAUUUACUUGUAUUCUUAUUUAUAAUUUGUAAGUUGCACUGCCUUUUAGGCAAGCUUUUAGUUUGAUUUCCUGUAAUAGUGAAUAUUGACAUUUUUAUUCAUUAUAAAAUUACAGAGCGAAUAAAUGUGUAAACAAACCAUUGGAAACUUUUUUCUGAGAGAUGUACAUUGUAAGAUUAUUUUAAAGAUGUUGCUUUUAUUGUGACUAAAUGUGUGAAUUUUGUAUAUGAUAAAAUAACUAGGUAUGAAAAAAAAACAAAAAAAUAACCCAGGUGGAAAUAUUUUCUCUUGCAAAUUUUCUAACUAUAAAAAGAAAUUAACAUCCCCUUCCCCUAGGCAGCAAAGAAAACGGUUAUGAAUUCAAAAAUAUCCAUAUGGUUAUUUUCUGUAAUAAUUGACAGAAAUGUGAACUUAACAAACCAAUGUCAGAUUGAGAUGUAAAAUUGGUUGAUUUCUACGUUAGAUCUCAGGCAGUCCGAGAGCUAGGAAUUAUUCAGUCAUUAUAAUUUAUAGCAAUAUGAGCUGCAUUUUUAAGAAUUUUAAUUUUGCUGUUAAAAUGUGCUGUUAUGAUAAAUAUGUAUAUAAUUUAAACCUUUAUGAUCAAUUAGACUAAUAUAAAGUAUUUUUUUUUCAGAAGGAAGGUUUCUUUACAAUAGAAUGUAUAGCAUUAUAUAUGUAUAAGAAAUCAAUACAAUAGGUAGAAGACGACAAGAAUGUAAUUUUGCUUCAAUCAAAGCUUCUAAAUAGUUCUUCCAUCGCAAAUUAGAAAUACCAAAAGUUUAUAAAUGUUCUUUUUUUUCUGUCGUUGAAAUUGUUAAUUACAAUUUUGCCACAGAAAUUUCCAACAUCAAAGAUGCAGCUCAUAUUGCUUUAAGUUACUGGGAAAACAGUAGCUUUUAGCUGCCGAUAUUCAGUUUACUGUGGCUCAGUUAAGUCACAAUAUCCACAGCAACUUUUAUCCUGAAAGGAAGAAUAUUAAUAAAGGACUAACUGAAUGUAAUCUUGGUAUGUGUGUGCCAAGAAUUUCGAUCAAAAUUUAAGCAAAGAGACGGGCUUUAUCAUUAAGUCUAUCAUUAAACAUUUAAAUUUUGUGUAAUAUCCAAUCUGAGUCCGCAUGUAGCUUUCAUUCGCAUAUUCAUUGUACCUUCUCUCCGGUUGGAGAGGAUCUUGCAUUUUUGGUCGUUGUUUGCCACGAUGA